GCGACGCGUCGGUUAUGCCUCGUGGUGUAGUCCCAUGUCGGCGAUCGCGUCCAAAGUCGAGGCCUUGAUUGAGAUUGCACUUACAAAUGACGUGGCAAUGCUGGAUGCCUUUCUCGAGUCGCUCGAAAACCGCGACCAUGUCGUCAACGGCUACGGUCAGCACGACCGGACGGCCCUUAUGCUCGCCAGUGCGUGGCACGCCCACCACAGCGUGCACCUCUUGCUGCGGCGCGGCGCGGACGGCAACCUCAAGGACCCCGACGGCACCACGGCGUUGCAUUUGGCGGCCGAAAACAACGCCAAGCACUGCUUGCACCAGCUCGUAAAUGCCAACGUGUUACUGGACGAGCAAAACGUGUGGGGCUGGACAGCGCUGCACGUGGCGGCGGCAGAAGGGGCACUCGAGUGCACAAAAGCGCUGCUGAUCGCGGGCGCCCGCACCGACAUCGUAGCGCACGAGACAAACGACACGCCGCUCGAUGUCGCACUCACGGGUGGCCACGCCGAGGUUGUUGCGCUUCUUCGGAGCUGGGACCCAGCAUGGUCGACGCGGGAUACGUCCGCGCCGCGCCAAAUGGCCGUCUGGUCGACAUCCGAAGUUGCCGACUUUCUGCGCUCGCUCUCUCUAUCACAGUACCUCCCGGUCUUUGAGCACACCGAUGGCCUCCAGCUCCAAGAUCUGCACGACGACCUCUUGACGGAAACGUACGGCAUGCAUCGCCCCGCCCACCGCCUGCGCCUCCUCGAAGCCAUUGUCUUGGAACAACUGCGUCAAAUACCAUCGACGACACCUCCCCCAAUGGACACGCGGCGGAUCCAGCUUCCUCCACUCGAGCCUCGUCAACACAGCAGUGGUUAAGGACGGAAUCCAUUUGUUAUAUAAUGCCAUAAGAAAUGUAGAAGAG